AUGAAGGCGACGCCGGCUCGAGGGGCAAGAGCCGGUGAUUCCUCGGCCCCCUCGAAGAGGCGCAAGGCGGCCAACGCGCCAACAGGGAAAGCAGCUUCGGAGGCGUCUCCGGCUGUAACAACCGAAGACGCUACGUCAACUGAAGUGUCGUCGAUACGGGAAAAAGUGCGGAACAACCUAAGAGCAAGGUUCCAGUUGGCGGCAAGGCUUCUGCCGGCAGAGCCGGCCACAGAGGAAACUAAAAAUUACUCAUCACAAGCUCCGGAUACCAUUGUGACAUUGUGCAAGGUGCUAAAUCAACCUUAUUCAGUCGUAUUAACUGCUUUGGUUUACCUUCAGAUGUACAAGAACGCGAGCGAUCGCUGGAACGCCAUUUCAUCGCAACGUAAUGUGACUGCUCCAGACAAAUGGCGUUCCGUCGCCAUGGGAUCGUGCGAACCAUCCACAAGUUCGAGCGAAGACAUGGACCGCCACGAACACUUUUUAGUCGCUGCGUCUUGCGUGCUGCUGGCGUGGAAGUACCGUGAGGACGAUGUGCGUGUGGCUAAGUCUGCCGGUAAAAUUUUUGAGUUUACCUCUGUUCUCUACAAGCUAUAUGUGGCACAAGACAAAAAUUGUUCUGGUACUCCAUCGGUUUCGAGUUGGAUGCUGCAGGAUGAAGGCAAGGAAAUUACUAAGCUCAAGAUGCAGCUAUUAGAACACGAAACACACCUAUUACACGCACUUGACUACCAUGUAGGUCCAGUGCUGACUCCACACAAGCUAAUACCGGCAUAUGUGAGAAAAUUCCUCAUCGCAAUUGCAAACGAUUUGUCGGACCUGCAUGAACUCGCCCAGCAGCUAGAUAACCUUGUAGGCCUCUUGUUGCUCGAAUGCUACAAGACCCGAAUAUGCAUAGAUUAUAACCCGGGGGAGAUUUUGGUCUCUUGUAUUUUCAAAGCUGCGUGUCUACUGACUGUUUCCGGAGCUUAUCCCCAUGUAUUCGGGACUCAGUCAAAAGAUUAUUUUAAAUACAUCAAAGAAAUGAAUUCCCGUUUGAAUAACUUCAUCUCGGCUCUGGGCAAGCGCGAGAUAGGAGCCGAGAGAAUAGCGCAGUGUCUUGCUGACAUGCGGCUAUUGAUGGACAACUAA